GACGCGUCGGAGCGCGCCGGGGAGCGAGCGGCGGCCGCGAGGGGCCGGAUCCGGCUGGGGAUGGCGUCGUCUUCGUCGCCGCUGCUGCUGCCUCCUCCGCCGGCCCUGCUGCCCCCUUCCUCGCCGGCCCUCCCUCCCGGCGCGUCCCCGGGCGCGCCCCCGACGCCCCGAGGGGAGGCGCGCCCCGCCGCCGCCGGGGUCUUCCGCGUGCCCGCGCUGGGCCUGGCCUGGUACGCGCUGAGCGCGGGCGGCAACGUGGUCAACAAGGUGCUGCUGGGCGCCUUCCCGCGGCCCGUCACCGUCUCGCUCUGCCACGUGCUGGGCCUGGUGGCGCUGCUGCCCCCCCUGCUGCGCGCCUGGCGCGUGCCCGCCGCCAGCCCCGCCCAGCUGCCCCCCCGCGCCUACCCCAGGCUCAUCCUCCCGCUCGCCUUCGGGAAGUACCUGGCCUCCGUCUCCGCCCACGUCUCCCUCUGGAGGGUGCCCGUCUCCUACGCCCACACCGGUACGGGGGCUCCGGGGCAUGGGCAGAGGGCCUGGGGAGGGAGGGAGAAUUGGCAGGGCACCCCCACGGUCAUCUAGUCCAGCCCUACAGAGGGGGCAGGUCCUCUGCUCCUGCGAAUGUGCAGAGUGCCUGGAAAGAAAGAAGUUGAUGCUAGAAUUGCAGAAUAGGGAGGGCACCCCCACGAUCAUCUAGUCCAGCCCUACAAAAGGGGCAGGUCCUCUGCUCCUGGGAAUGUGCAGAGUGCCUGGAAAGAAAGAAGUUGAUGCUAUAAUUGCAGAAUAGGGAGGGCACCCCCACGAUCAUCUAGUCCAGCCCUACAAAAGGGGCAGGUCCUCUGCUCCUGGGAAUGUGCAGAGUGCCUGGAAAGAAAGAAGUUGAUGCUAUAAUUGCAGAAUAGGGAGGGCACCCACACGAUCAUCUAGUCCAGCCCUACAAAGGGGGCAGGUCCUCUGCUCCUGCGCAUGUGCAGAGUGCCUGGAACUAAGGAAGUUGAUGCUAGAGUGGCAGAUUUGGGAGGGCACCCCCACGAUCAUCUAUUCCAGCUCUAUAAAGGGGGCAGGUCCUCCGUGCCCCAUUGUUCCUGGGAAUGUGCAGAGUGCCUGGAAAGAAAGAAGUUGAUGCUAGAAUUGCAGAUUUGGGAGGGCACCCCCACGAUCAUCUAGUCCAGCCCUACAAAGGGGGCAGGCCCUCCGCACCCUGCUGCUCCUGGGAAUGUGCAGAGUGCCUGGAAAGGACGGGAGGGAGGAAGAAGUUGAUCCUAGAAUUGCAGAUGUGGGAGGGGCCCCUCGAUCAUCUAGUCCAGCCCUACAAAGGGGGCAGGCCCUCCACAUCCUGCUGCUCCUGGGAAUGUGCAGAGUUCUCCUAGAAAGAAAGAAAGAAAAGUUGAUCCUGGAAUGGCAGAUCUGGGGCUUUCAACGCCACCAGCCCAUGACGGGGCCUUCUUGGUGCCAGCCGCAUUGAAAUAAUUGGUUUUGAGGGUGUUUCUUUUUCUGGGGAAAGAAAAAGCAUUCUCCUGUUAACCACAGUAAUAAAUAGUGGGUCAAAUCUAGCAUUUGUCAAGCUCUUGAGUAUUUUAUUUAUUAAACCUGUUGGACAUGACCACAUUCUGCCCAUUAACCUCACUGUGUUUGCUCUGUGUAAAUGUCUUAGAUGGGAUACAACCCAAGUAAGGGGCUGAAAUAUUGGGUGGCUUCCUGCCUGCUUUGGUUUUGUGGUCCCUUGUGAGAGUGAGGACUCACGCUGUGCAGUCAUUCUCCCUCGUGUUUCCCAUGGGCUUCUGUCCCCCUCUGCAUGCAGAAGUCCCGGGUUCAACCCUAGCCCCCAUAUCCAGCUGGGGCUAGCAGAGAUACCUGCCUGAGAACCUGCACAGCCAUGGCUGCCAGUUGGUGUAGACAGUCCUGAGCUUGUUGGACCUACAGCUCCCUGCGUUCCUCCUCGCCAGUCUCCUCUUCUAGCUUCUCUUCUGCCUCUCUAACCUCCUUCUCCUUUCAGUCAAAGCGACGAUGCCUAUCUGGGUGGUGCUGCUGUCGAGAAUCAUCAUGAAGGAGAAGCAGACAACCAAGGUAAGAGGGAGGAGGAGGGAGGAGGAACGGUGGGCGAGACGCCGCCCUUCUUUCUGGAGACAAACUCCCUGGACCUGAAUGGGGUCACUGUGCCCCUGAAGGACCAGGUGCGCGGCCUGGGGGUCAUUUCGGACUCACAGCUGUCCAUGGAGGCGCAGGUCAGUUCUGCCUCCAGGGCGGUUGUCUAACUCGCCAGAGUGGUUCGUAUUCUGGUUAUCUCCCACUUGGGACUGCUGCAAUGCGCUCUAUGGGAGGGUCUCCCUUUGAAGGUGACUCGGAAACUAUCAACUAAUCUAGAAGGCACCUCCCAGAUUGGUGACUGGGUGCGGCUGCUGGGACCAUAUUACUCCAGUCCUGAAAAAUUGACAUUGGCUCCCAGUACGUUUCUGAGCACAAUUCAAAGUGUUGGUGGUGACCUUUAAAGCCCUAAAUGGCCCAGUAUCCCUGAAGGAGCGUCUCCACCCCGGAUACCGGGGUCCUCCUCCCGAGGGUCUUCUGGCGGUUCCCUCCCUGCGAGAAGUGAGGUUACAGGGAAGCAGGCGGAGGGCCUUCUCGGUGGUGGCGCCCGCCCUGUGGAAUUCCCUCCCAUCGGAUGUCAAGGAGAGAAAGAACUACCUGACUUUUAGAAGACAUCUGAAGGCAGCCCUGUAUCAGGAAGUUUUAAAUGUUUGAUGUUUCAUCGUCUUUUUAAUAUUCUGUUGGGAGCUGCCCAGAGUGGCUGGGGAAACCGAGUCAGGUGGGCAGGGUACAACAAACAAGUUAUUUUUAUUAUCUUUGGGAUAGUGAUUUUACGGCGCUUCUUUCCCACCUGAAGUGCUUUUCCCCUCCUUCCUCCCCCCAGGUGUACUUAUCCCUCAUCCCCAUCAUCGGGGGUGUCCUGCUGGCCACGGUCACGGAGCUGUCCUUCGACACGUGGGGGCUCAUCAGUGCCCUGGCUGCCACGCUCUGCUUCUCCCUCCAGAACAUUUUCUCCAAAAAGGUACCGUCCACGUUGCCUCUCGCGUUCUGCUCGGCAGGGACAGCUGCGCCACCGGCCUCAGGGACAGAAUCUGGAAUGGCUGCCUUGGGCCUGGGAAUCUUUUGCCAGCCCAAAACCAGCCCCUGCCCAUUCCGGCUAAAUCGCACUGGCGCUUGGGGUGCAGAAGAACCAGUGGUGCCCUGGUGGUGGUGGUGGUUUGUGGAAGAUAAUAGGCAUCGUAACCUAGAGUCUAGAGCGUUACCAUCCUUGCACCUCUCCAUUUUUGAGCCUGUAAGAUCCGAGAUGCCCCUAAUACAGUGGAACCUCAGUUUUUGAGCGUCUCGGGAGCAGAACGAUUUGGAACCCGGGUGCCGAUAACCCAGACGUAGUUGCUUCCGUUUUCGAACUUGCCUCGGAAAUCAAACUGCUUCCAAGGCUUGUUUUUUUCUCCGUUGAAAUUGCCACCUACCCGUUGGGCCUUAGUUGUCGAACGUUUAUUGGAAAUCGAACGGUCUUCCGGAACGGAUUGCGUUGGAUGCCUGACUCCUAGGAGGAGUUAUUUCUAGGAGAAAUGCCCCUGGUCCUUUUGGGGGAAAUGAUCUGUUAGAACAUGUUCGUUACAAGCCAUCUCCCACAACCGCCCCAUCCUCCUUUUCCCAGUGAAUUCAAGUGAGGCAGCGCUCUGUGUGGGGCACAGAGACCGGCCUCUUUUUCCCUGUGGGUGCUGAGCAGGAGGGGGAAGCAAGUCGAAAGUGCCCGUCCCUGAUCUCUUUUUCCAUCCUCGCAGGUGCUGAGGGACUCCCGGAUCCACCACCUGCGCUUGCUGAACAUUCUGGGCUGCCACGCGGUCUUCUUCAUGAUCCCCACCUGGGUUCUGGUCGAUCUCUCUGCCUUCCUGGUUGAGAACGACUUGGUGAGUUCCUGGGGCGGGGAGCCCCUUUCCCUUCCUCUCUGUGGGGCUCCCUUUGAAGGUGACCCGGAAACUACAACCAGUCCAGAAUGCGGCAGCUAGACUGGGGACUGGGAGUGGAGACCAUAUAACACCAGUCCUGAAAGACCCACAUUGGCUCCCAGGACGUUUCCAAGCACAAUUCAAAGGGUUGGUGCUGACCUUGAAAGCCCUAAACGGCCUCAAAGGCCCAGUAGACCUGAAGGAGCAUCUGUAGCGCGGACACCAGGGUCCAUCUCCCGAGGGCCUUCUGGCGGUUCCCUCCCUGCGAAAAGUGAGGGUGCAGGGAACCAGGCAGAGGGCCUUCUUGGUAGUGGCGCCCACCUAUCAGAUGUCAAGGAAAUAAACAACUAUCUGACUUUUUGGAGACAUUUGAAGGCAGCCCUGUUGAGGGAAGUUUUUGAUGCCUGAUGUUCUAUUGUGCUUUUAAUAUUCUGUUGGAAGCCGCCCAGAGUGGCUGGGGAAGCCCAGCCAGAUAGGCAGGGUAUAAGUACAGUAGUACCUCGUUUUGCGACCGGGAUCCAUUCCGGAGCCCCAGUCACUGGCAAACCCCAGGACGCUGGACAAAGUGUUGCGCAUGCGUGAGCGGCGAACCCGGUAGUAACCCGUUCCGGUACUUCUGGGUUUGCCACGGACGUCCGACGGAAUGGGCGCUCGACGGGGCGGAGGUGCCACUGUAAUAAAUUAUUACUAUUAUUUUUUAUUAUUUCUACCGGAGUCUCGACAGCCCCCGGGAGUGACCGCGGGGCUGGUGGGGAAACUCCCCGCUGUCCCUUGAACCCUGCCUCCCUUGCAGAGCUCGAUGGCCCACUGGCCGUGGACCCUGCUCCUGCUCACCAUCAGCGGCUUCUGCAACUUCGCCCAGAACGUCAUCGCCUUCAGCAUCCUCAACCUCAUCAGCCCCCUGAGCUACUCGGUCGCCAACGCCACCAAGAGGAUCACGGUCAUCAGCGUCUCUCUCCUCAUGCUCAGAAACCCCGUGACCUCCACCAACGUCCUGGGAAUGAUGACUGCCAUCCUGGGAGUCUUCUUGUACAACAAGGUAGGUGCCUCUUUUUUUUUUGGUGGGGCAGGCAGCACUCCCUGCUCACGAUUCCCCAGUAUACUGUCUCUGACAGUGGAGGGAGGGAGAGCGUUGCCUUCGUAGCCAAUUGCCGUCUGUUACCUUCGCUGUCCUUCGCGUUUCUGUGUUUUCCGUUCUCUUUUUUAAUACAUAGAAUACAUAUUAAUAUAGAGGGUUGGGCUGGAUGACCUUUGGGGGAGACCUCCCGGUUCUCCGAAAGGGAGCCUGAUGGGAAGCUUUUCUCCCCGCAGACCAAAUACGACGCCAACCAGGAGAGGAAGAAGCAGCUGCUGCCCAUCACGACGGGAGACCUCCCCGGCGGCCUGGAGCGCCACAGAAGCCCCCAGGAGAAGAGCCAGAACGGACUUUCCUCCUUCCUGCACCACCACGGCGGGGACUUCCAGUACGGCAACCGGGGAGGGGGAGGCGGCGGCGUCCUGGCAGACCACUUCCAGUACAGCCGGCAGAACUACCCCGCGAUGUACAGCUCCAGCCGCUACGACAUCUAGCGAGAGGCUCCGUCCCGGCCGGCAGAACCCGGGACUCUCCCAGGACGGAGAAGGGUCCUCAAGCACUUGGGAGUGUACGUUUGUGGGCCGGGACUCCCCGUGAGCAGGAGGAGAGGAGGACCGUGUGUGCACUUGGAACGGAGGAGGAGGGCAGCUGCAUGCUGAUCAACUUUCUGCCCAGGGACACGGGUGCGGAUCACGGCUGAGCCCCCCAAGCCCAGCCUGGGCCUCUGCGGUUGCCCCUGAACCCACUGGGGGCAGCAGAAAGAUGGCCAGUAUUCUAUUUUUCCUUUUCCCCCGUACGGAUUUUUGUUUCGUUUUCAUUUGGGUUGCACUCUAACUUUUUUAUUGUUUCGGUUGCUUUGUCUGGCAGCUGCACCGGCCUUUGCCAACCUGGUGCCCUCGGGGCGCUCCGGACACCCGUCAGCACCCGCAGAGCUCCCUGCGAGGCUCCGGGUCGGCUGAGGCCGAGCUCUGCUGCUGUUUUCAAAGUGCAAUUUGCAAGAAGCGUCUUUCUCUCCUCCCUGCGGAGGAGCAGGCCGCUUCUUGUAUCCCGCAGCCGUUGCGAGGUUUUGUGUGUGUGUGUGUGUGUAGUCGAGUUUGUAGCUGCCUUCUGCUCCGGCUUCUGACCGUCGCAAAGAGAUACUGAGAGAGAGCGGCCAUCUGUUUUAAAAUAAUAAUCAUGUUACGCCGAGCGACGUGUGAGAAAUUUAGAGAUACGCUUCUUAAACGUUCCCUCUCCCUGUUCGUGCCCCGAUCCUGUUUUUUAAAUCAUGAGGUCUAGGAACCCUUUGAUGACGUCCCCGCCUGCAGCAAAACUGCUCAUUUAGGAAAGGGCUCUUUUUUGGGGUUGCAAAACUAGAUUUCAGCCUUUAAAAAUGAAUGGAUUUGCCGGGCCUAUUAAGUUUAGUGUGUCUGCGAAGUAGCACUGGGCAACAGGGAAGAUUUGGAGCCAAUUUGCUUUCUUCCUCUCCGGCCUUCCAAAGGGGGUCCACAGCGGGUGGGGCCGUUAAGACUUCCAACCCGGAAACCCCUUUUGAAAUAAAUCCGUGCGUAAUUCUCUGCACGGUUUCGUCCCAUUCGCACCUUCGCUGUCCGACACAGACCCCUCCUCUGCCUUCUCCUACGUCCUGGAGCUGUUUCUGCCAUCGGGGCUUUGUCUGAAAUGAGUAGGUCUCUUCGUCUGAGUUUUGUAAUCAUGUUUCUGCCUUGGCCAAAGGGAAAGAGGAGGGGGGAAGCUUUGGAGACCCCGAGACAGGAGGUCUCAAGAGGCCAGCCCUCUUCUUCGGCCUUGGAUACAAGCAGGGGAACAGUUUCACGCCUGCCCUCUCUGUUUUGCUUUCUAAUACGUACACACCCGAUGAGAGUCUCAUUUUAGAAAGCAGCUUGGAGAGGAGAGGGAGCAAGCCGUAGGUGGGGAGCAGCUGCUCUUCGAGGCAGCGGGGGGUCCCGAUGUGGGCAAAUUUUGUGCCUUUCCCCACAGAUAACAGUCUCUCGCUUCAUCUGGUGGCUUUCUUCCCCUCUCUCAGCGAUGACGAGAUCCCUUCUUAGGAGAGCAGGACACCAGACACGGCACCAAGCUUUUCCCAUUCAGAGCUUGCCUCUCCCCAAGGCGAGCAACUCUUCAGGAAGGGCUUGCCUGCCCCAGUUGCCCCCCAAAGUCUCCGCUAGCCCCAGAUCCAGCUGUCAAAGCCCCCAUCAUUGCCCCGUCCGAAAUGGCGGGGUUUUCCCAGCCCUGCGGCUGUUCCGGUUCUUUUGCCGCCCCUCGGCCUGUUUGCCAGGGAGCUGCGUGUUUGCGUGUUGAGUGUGUUAUAUCUAUAAGGGGAGGGAAGGCGGAGCGCUUGAGUCCUUGUGUAUAUAUAUAUAUAUUCCGCCCGGAUGUUGCCAUUUUAUUUGGUUUGGAGCGUGUCGAGAAACCUCUGCCCCUUCUCCGAAGAAGCAAAACCACCGCCCGGGAGGAAGGGGUCUUGUUCAGAGAAGAAUCUGCUUUUCAAAAUCUCCGCGUCGACGGAGCAUCGUAUUUUUAUUUUUUUGCAAAAUUAACCGAAGUUUGACCCCCCUCUCUUACUUCCUUUCCCUGCCGACCUGGCUGCGAAAUGCAAACACUUCCUUUGCGGCCAGUUGGAGGUGUAGCCGGUGGUCCUUUCAUGGCCAAAGCCCCCCCCCCCCCGUGGUCUCAGGUGGCCUGGGAGAAAGCGAUGGGCGAGGGGUAAUGGGGUGUGUGGAGGCUGUCAGGUCCAGGACUGGGGGGCGGGUGGGAUUCCCUCUUGUCUAAAAUCAGCAUCUUCAGGAGGGAAAUGGCAGAGCAGUUUAUUAGUUGCCUCUGCCCCCAAAACGAAUACUCCAAUCCGUCUCCUGACUCCAGAGGCAACCUGGUGCCUUGCAGCUGUUUUCUGAACAGACUACAACUCUCAUCAUCCGUAGCUAGCAGGACCAGUGGUCAGGGACGAUGGGGACAGCUGGGGACCGACCCAAGUUUGAGAAACUCCGGACCGGAGCCUCGAUCAUUUGUAAAUUAUGUGGGCGAUUUCCGGAGGGAAGUUUCUUAAUUGAUAGGUGCAGGUGUACAUGUUUUUAGCAACAGUGUUCCCUCCUAGCCCUUAAGUACGAGGAACUUCUUACAAGUUUGUUUCUUCUGAUGUACAGGAACCGUGGUUUGUCUUUUUCUUUUUUUAAGCCCCUGCAAACUUAAAAAAGAAAAGAAAGAAAAGUUAAUGGUUUUCUUUUUUAAGCCUGCAAACUUUAAAAAAAAAGUUAAAAUGGAAAAAAGGGUGUGUUGUAAUUAUGCUUUUAAAAUAUCAAAAAUGUAAAUAAACCUGAAUUCUGCAAGAAUCGAAA